UGAUUUUUUUAUUGCGUUCGCGAUGAGCCUAGGCUAUAUCUGAUCGUUAAUUUAAAAAUCGCCAAGGUGUUUAAUUGACAACGGACCACCGUCGGCUGUCAGCGAUGAAAGAAAAAUUUAAAAUCGGUGAAGAUGAUGAAGCGCAUCAUUCUUUUUUAGGCAAACGACAGUUGCGUAAUAGAUUUAAGUCUAUAUUAAAAAAAAGACUUCCCAUUUUGUCAUGGCUUCCCAAAUAUACAUUAGGCUUCUUUCUCUACGACUUGUUGGCAGGUUUUACAGUGACCUUAACUCAGAUCCCUCAAGGCAUAGCCUAUGCCAUAGUGGCGGGAUUGCCCACGGAAUAUGGAAUAUACGCCGGUAUCAUGGGAGGCUCCAUGUAUUUCAUUUUCGGGGGCUGCAAAGAUAUCAAUAUCGGCCCUACGGCCAUAUUGGCGUUGAUUGUGCAACCUUACGUAACACUUAUGGGUCCAGACGGUGCAAUAUUAAUAACAUUCACUUCCGGAUUUUUCAUAUUCCUAGCUGGGGUGCUCCAUUUAGGGUUCCUAGUGGAGUUUUUUUCCUACCCGGUCAUUUCGGGGUUUACGACCGCUGCCGCAAUUAGUAUUGGGUCCACCCAACUAAAAUCACUAAUGGGAAUACCCGGUCCUUCCGGCACCUUUUUGGAAGCGUGGGAAUCAUUUUUCCGAAACAUCAGGCAGACGCGAAAAUGGGAUGCGACUUUAGGGUUUACAUCCAUCAUUAUUCUCUUAGCUCUCAGGGAAAUCAGAGUGUUCGGAUCAUUAAAACACAGAUCCGAUUGGUCAACGAGCAGAAAUGUCUUGGGUAACUUCGUAUUCUAUAUUUCAUUGGGAAGGAACGCUCUGGUUGUCAUGGCCGGAACCACAAUUGCCUACGUAGCUGAGAAAUACUACAAUUCGACUCCCUUUGUUCUUACUGGAAACGUACAGUCAGGGCUACCUUCGUUCGGGUUACCUCCAUUCGGAACCGUGUUUAAUGGAACCGACAUCAGUUUCAGCGAGAUGCUGCACGAGUACGGCCUCACGCUGGCAUUUUGUCCAUUGAUUGCGUUACUUGGACAUGUGUCUAUUGUCAAGGCGUUCACCAAGGGCCAAAUCAUCGACGCUACUCAAGAACUAAUAGCUUUAGGUAUUUGCAACAUGGCGGGCUCUCUGGUAAGGUCAAUGCCAACGACAGGUUCAUUUACUAGGACGGCGGUCAAUAAUUCCGCAGGAGUAAAAACUACAGCUGCAGGAUUGAUCACGUCUUUAAUGUUAUUAUCAUCGUUGACAUUUCUGACUGGUACAUUCACUUACAUACCGAGAGCUACCUUGGCAGCAGUCAUUAUAGUUGCGAUGUACUAUCUAUGCGAAUUCGAAACAUUUGUUAUCCUGUGGAAAACCAAAAAGCUAGACUUUAUACCGUUCCUGCUAACCUUGCUGUGUUGCCUGUUGAUCAGUCUGGAAUUUGGCAUACUCCUUGGCAUAGGAGCGAAUUUGGUGUUCGUUUUAUACGAAGGUGCAAGGCCUAAACUGUACAUAGAGCGGUUAUCAAUUUCCGAUAAGACCGUUUACAUUGUUAAGCCCAAAUCCGGCUUGUACUUUCCAUCCUCAGAACACAUCAGACAAAAAGUUUUGAAUAAAUGCCCCGAGACGGACAGCGUGGUAGUUAUCGACGGCCAGUUCGUGAGGAAUCUCGAUGUCACAGUUGCGAGAAAUUUGGCAGAUUUGUUGGGCGAUUUGAGGGUGAGAAGGCAGAGGUUGAUUUUUUGGAAUUUCAGCAAAUGUAACACUCACGUCAUCACAGGGAACAACAAAAAGUUGUUGGCACAUUUCGAGACUGGUACUUUGGAUGAUAUUUUACAAGAGGAAACAGAAUCGCUGACUGCAAAUGGUACUACACUAACCUAACUGGAUUGGACUAUCGCAGAAUACUUUGUUUAGUUCACAAUAUGUUUUCGAGAUGCAAUUGUUUUUUAUAUUAUCAAUUAAAGAAACUGCAGUUAGAAGAUCGAAACUCUGUAGAAAUCUCCUCAAAAAUGUCUUUCUAAAAUAACGUUUAUUAAGACUUUAUGAAGAAAAACUUGUACGAUACGGUAGUGGCAUUUUUCUCUUGUCGAAAGGUUUUAAAAAUUAUGUAGAGUUCUACGGGCUAGAAAAACACAGACGGGAAAUUAUUUGGUUGUUGGUAUUGGUAAUCAGUUUUUAACUCACAUUUACGGGUGUUUUUACCACUCGUAACUCAGUUCAUCUACCGAAAUGUACCAAGUUUAUCCUUAACAGUUUUAUUACAAUGGAUAAUUUGUUCGUAAUAUUUCAUGGUUUUGGCUGUAUAUGAGCGUUUAAUACUCUUUACACUUUGUAAUUGAAACAGAUUAA